AAUUCAUUCAGAGAUUGCGAUCCAUUAGUUCUGUUCAGCGGUGAUAUAAUGUCGCCAUCGAUCAUGAGUACUUUCACAAAAGGAGAGCAAAUGAUUCCAGUGUUGAACGCAUUGUCUCCGGACUGUGCCGUCUUCGGGAACCAUGAAUUCGACUUCGGUGUCGCACAUCUCGAUUCAUGGAUGAAAAGAACUUCAUUUCCGUGGCUUAUGAGCAAUGUUUAUGAUAAUAAAUCUAACCGUCCCUUUAGUAACGGCAAAGUGUGGCAUAUCAUCGACAGACACAACAAAAGGUUCGGAAUAAUAGGUUUAGUAGAGGAGCAAUGGUUGGCCGACUCUUUACACGAAGGCUACGUUUACCGUGAUUUUGUCACCGAAGGCCGAAAACUGGCCAAACAUUUGAAAGAA